AUGUAUAACAACCAGAAUGGAACGGCAGCCCCCGGAGCCAACGGGGGCCAGAGCUACGGAGCUGUGUACAACCAAGGAUCAUCCUACAACUACAAUUAUGGACAAGGACAAGGAAAAGGAAACAAUGAACAAAAAGGAUACUACUAUGAUGCACCCACAAGAGCCACAGCAGCCAAUGGAGGACUCUACGACGAAUUCUCCCUUAACGAAUUCUCCUCCACCAAAAUUAGACAUGGCUUUAUUAGAAAAGUAUAUUCCAUAUUAUCCCUCCAGCUCCUGAUGACUUUUGGCUGUUCAGCAUUAGCAGUUCUGUACCAACCAUUUAAUACCUUUAUUGUGACCAACUACACUCUCUUCUUCGUCCUUGGUAUUAUAUUAAGCUUACCCAUAAUGAUAGCUUUGGCUUGUGCCCCCAACAUGGCAAGAAAAUACCCAAGCAAUUAUUUCCUACUUCUUUUAAUAACCCUUGGUAUGACUCUAAUUGUGACCUUAGCAAGUGCCAGAACGAACUCCGAAAUAUUUUUUUAUGCCUUUGGGACAACGUCUGUUGUGGUAGUAGGGUUAACCAUUUUUGCCUUUCAAACCAAAUGGGAUUUCACCGGAUGGUACGUAUAUUUGUUUAUGGCCUUUUUAAUAUUAAUGGUGCUAGGUAUUGUGGGUAUUUUUGUACGCAGCAAAGUUUUUAAUUUAGUGUUUGCAGGUAUUAGCGCCUUCCUCUUGUCCGUUUCCAUCAUCGUCGACACACAACUCAUUAUUGGAGGCAAACACAAAAAAUAUGAAUUCUCCGUUGAUGAUUACAUUUUUGCCACCCUGGCCCUUUACAUGGAUAUAAUUAAUUUGUUUCUUUCCAUCCUGUCGAUUUUUACCAACGCCGAAUGA